AUGGCGGGACUGGGGAGUGAGGGAGACCUGCGGCACCUGCUGAAGCUGCACCGCACUGAGAUCGCCAUGGCAGUGGACGACGUCUUCCCGCUGCUGCAUGGCCUGGCUGACCAUGAUGUUGUCCCCGAGCAUGUCUUCAAGGAGACGCUGAGCCGGACAGAGCGGGAGGGCUCCCACCGUGCUUUCCACGCGCUGCUCACCUGGCUGCUGGGCCGCGAUGCUGCUGCCGUCCGUGACUUCUGGGCUGUCCUCUUCAAGGACUACAACCUGGAGCGGUACACCCGGCUCCGGCCCCUCCGCGGUGCCUUCCCCAGAGAGGUGGAGCUGGGCCGGCAGCGCCGUGGCAGGCGCCUCUCCCCCAGCCCCACAACGCCAGCCCUGCACAGACCCCAAGGCAAGAGGAAAGCCCCCGAGGACCGGGAUGGGGCUCGAGUGGCGCAGCCCUCCCCGCGGCACACCGCCAGCCCCGGGCCCCUGGCAAAGGCAAGGACUGUGAAGAAGCCAGAGGGCAUGGAUGUCCCCCGCACCCCUCGUGCCAGCGGCAGCUCCAAGAUGGGCAGCAAAGCUGGGGACGAGCCAUAUGCCCCGGCCAUCUGCGAGGAGCCAGGGCUCCCCCAAACCCCUUUCAUGUCUCACCUGCAGAGCGGGGAGCCCCGACUGCACCCCCAGGGCCGGCUGCCAGCGCCUGCCAUUCACACCCAGGACCUCACCCCCCACCAGGAGAACGAGGACGAGUGCGCAGCGUGCGGUGACGGUGGCGAGCUCAUCUGCUGCGACGGCUGCCCCAGGGCCUUCCACCUUGCGUGCCUGGUGCCCCCGCUGCCCCGUGUCCCCAGCGGGACGUGGCAGUGUGGCUCCUGUGUGGCAAGUGCAGCUGAGCCAGGCCAGCUGGGGGAGGCAGAUGUGGCUGCGGAACGACCCCCCGAGAUCCCAGGGGAGGAGGCAUGCGGCACCCGGCGGGGUGGAGGUGACAGGAGCGUCUGCGGCCGCUGCUUAACCCGAAUCCCCACAUCCCGACACUGCCCCACGGCCAGCGGGGACCCGAGGGGACUGCUGCUCUGCACAUCCUGCAUGGGCACCUUGGACACAGGCAGCCUGGAGAGCACUGCAAUGACUGGCGACCACCUGCUACAGGCAGCGAAGGGGUGCAGGCAGAGGGCAGGCAGGAAAGCUGGCAGGACAUGUCUGCUCCCGCAGGCAGAGGAUGGCUCCCCCGGCGGCGACCCCAUGCUAAGCAGGGAUGAGCUUGAUGCGCUCCUGGGUGAG